AUGAUAAUUACAACAUGGAUUGUGUACAUUCUUGCCCGGAAAGGUGCAGGGUUCCCCUUCCCACCAAAAAUCAGUUCAGACGUUGAAGUUGUAGAAAGCGAGGCUGUAUCUGUAGUACAGCACUGGUUGAAAAAAACUGAAGAAGAAGCUUCCCAGGACAUAAAGGAGAAGAUGUCUGCCGGCUGCCUUCCCACCCAUGGCCAAGAUGUACAUGUUACCAGAGAUGUGGUGAAGCACCAUCUCUCAAAAUCUGAUUUGUUGGCAAACCAGAGUCAAGAGGUCCUGGAGGAAAGAACAAGAAUCCAGUUCAUAAGAUGGAGCCAUACUCGUAUCUUCCAAGUGCCAAGUGAGGCGAGGACUGACAUUGUGCGAGAACGAAUAGAGCAGGUGAGACGAAGCAUAUGCAGCCUUACAGAUGAAUCAUCUCAGGAUAUUCACAGCAGAAGUUCCUAUGCAGAAUGUUGA